GUAUGUUAAUCCGGUAGCCGUCAGGCGUUAGUUGCAUUCGCGAAUAGCUUAGGUUUGAGUCAUUUAUUUUUAUAUGAACUUUGAACACCUCUCGUUUGCUGAGCCAACAAUCUUGCUAUUGUUAUUGAUACUAUGUAUAGCAAAGUUCACACCGGAAUAGCCUGACAACGGUAAAGUCAGAUACCGUUGUCACAAAUGGCGGACAUAACCGUCACUUCAAUUAGAUUUUCAUGAAGUUUAAUAGAGCACCUAGACUAAAUUCCUUUGGAACAACAAUCAAUCAAAGUGUCUUAAUACUCAUUGUACAGUUAAUAAUGUUCUACCAUCGAAAUAAAGUCUUUAAUUUAACCGAUCAAAAUGAGAUACGGGACAACGGACACUGUAUUACCAUAUGCCGUUUUUUUUUAAUUACUCAAAUUCAGAUUCCGUUGUCAUUGACGAUAUCGAAGACGCUAUAUUAUAGCGAUUCACGACCCUAUUUGAUCGAAAUUGGGAUUUCAUAUGAAACAUAAUCACAAGAGCUUAAUACAUUCAUAGAAUUAGCGACGAUAAAAUUCCAUGAAAUGAGGACCAAGUGAUUAAAUAGUUGAAGCGACGGUUAUGUCCGCCAUUUGUGACAACGGUAUCUAACUUUACAGUUGUCAGGCUAUUCCGGUGUCAGUUAGGUGUUUCUUAGUCGUGUAAACAAAACAUCUGAACUCUUAAAGAUAAGUUUCUACCACUUCAAGAAAUGUAUCAGUAUUUUAAUUAUUUUAAGCUUAUAUUUUACAUUUGUUAUCAAAUGACAAUGAGAGCAUUUUGGCAUUUUAAUGGUUUAAAAUGAUACCUAAAAGGUGAACACUUAAUUUAAAUACAUAUUAACUUAUCUAAAGUAAACUUAUUUUUAUAUAAGCUGGAUGAGUCACUCCUCAUAUUUAGGCUUCCUUGUAUCGGGUGUCCUCUAAACAACUUGCUAAACAGGCGAUAUCUGACUAUUCUCUGUAGAUACUGGAUAGAAACUGAUUUCAAGUGUAUUCUUAGAAUCACGACUGUAUUCCGGACUACGAUAUAUUCGUUUGAUAGUAACUCGGAACAUCUAAAAAGACGAACAAUUUCAAAAUGGAUCUUUUGAAAGUACUUUGUUGUCUCAGUUUUGUUAUCGUCGGAGUUUAUGGACAAGAGAGUAUACAGUGUUUAGACGGACCUUGGCAUAAAAAGUUCUCCGGUCCCGAAGGCCCUGAUUACGUGGAAUGUCUCUCCUGGAAAGACAAUGCAUGCUGUUUAGCAAAUAUGACACAGGAGCUACUUACCCAUAAAGCUAAGAACCUAUACGACUUUCAUUGGGAUAGGUGUGGAAACCUAUCCCAGGCAUGCGAAACCUUUAUAAAAGACGAAGAAUGCUUCUAUCAAUGUGAACCAGGCUUGCGAAAAUUCCGACACGAUGGGCCAAAGGACGGUCGCAUCACCAAAGUCCCCGUGUGUAAGUCGUACUGUGAUGAUUGGUUCAAUGCAUGCAAAGAUGACAUGACUUGCGUUGAAAAUUGGAUGGAGGACUUUGAUUACACCAAAGGCGAGAACCACUGUCCAGCGGACUCUACAUGCAAGACUUUUGCAGAUAUGUACGGAAACGCCGAGGGUCUCUGUAACAAGAUGUGGGGACACGCAUUCACAUAUUCGACGGACUCUUCCAACUGCAUGGUGAUGAGUUUCGAUCCAACCAAUGGUAAUCCAAACGCUAAAUUUAUUAGUAAGCUAGUAGCCAAUAUCUACCCACAACUGCGGUUCUACAGGAUGGAUGGCUUGAAUGAUGAUGAUAAUGUGUCCAAAGGUGGAAAAAGGAAAAGAGAGGAUUCUCCUGAAACAUUUGCUCCAAGAGCAAUAAAUAUCCUGGAGUAUGCAGAGGCCAGGGGCCAAGAAAUAGAAGCAAUGACAAAGGUUGUUAUGGACACUAACCUGGGCAAGCGACGCAUUAUUCAGCAGCUACCACGACACAUGAGACGUCGGGCUAUGAGUCACAAUAUUAAGCGUAUUCCAAGGAGAUUGAGGAACAUUGCUCAAUCUCAGAUGGGCCCGGUAAAAACUACGAAACGUCCUUCAAGGAGACACCGUAGACGUCCCCAUAAUCUCCUUCAGGAGUAUAAUAGGAGACAGCGCAGUCAUGGAUGGCUGGAGACGCAUAUAUGGCAUGCUAAGAGAUUCCACAUGACUGAGAAAUGGGGAUACAAAAUCCCUCUAAGGCCCACUGAUAAAGGGACCAGGGCUGCAUAUAGAGCCAGCGUGAAACAUGCAAUGGUUCAGGAUCUAUCUUACUACACAUGUAUAGAGGUCAAGGGAAAAGAGGAAGAUAUUCUAGCAGGGGUACAACAGCUUUCAUCUCCAGAAACAGGUUUAACAUUUGCUGCUAGAGCCACACUGUAUGGUCAGAGACAAGGACACUUGGUGUUAUACAAACCGAACUGCUAUCCGUAUAGUGCUAUUGGACCUGUCACAUUUCUAUGGAAACCCACUUGUAAACCUGAUAAUGAAUGCAAUGGUGUUACUCAGUUAAGACAACUUUGGAUCACAUGUCACCCAGCUAUGUAUAACCAGCUGUUAUUAGAACUUUGGGCCAUAUUUGAUAUAUCUGCAGAUAGCCUUGACCAAGAGGAAGGAUCUUCUAAAAACUCUGAUGUGAAUGAAACAUCUGCAAAUCAAAUGGUUUCACCUGGGAUCAUCAAAGUUCAUGAAAAUCAGAAAUGGACUAAUAAAAAUGGUGUUACAGUCACCAGUUUAAAAGAUAAGUUUACUAGGCUCAGAUUGACAGGUUUUCUGGCUCACUCUGUUGUUAAGGAUUUAUUGAAAGGAGCAUCGCUUGAGAAAAAUGUUACCAACAAGGAAGAUAAUCUAAACAAACCUGUUGUAAAUAAAGAGCCAGUUUUAGGAGACUCUGAUAUAAACAUGGAGCCUCAUGUACAGAGUGAGCCUGGUGUAUGGGAGAAGUGCCAAAGUGUCAACACAGCAGGGGAGCUACCCCCUAACUGUGUUCUUGGACUAGUAGCCAGAGAUCCUAGGUUAACAUUGCCUCAGAGACGAACGAAGGUGAUGGGUGAUGCUCAAGAGAUUAGUACUAAAAGCUAUAUAGACACUGUACCCGUUGAGUGUGCCGUAUCAUCACUGUGGGAUGAGGAUGUACGUAGACAGGUUGCUACAAAUAAAUUGCCUGAUAGUGAGAUUAAUAGAAGACGUGCUGAACAUCUUGUACCAGGCUCUGAGCUUAAUCUUGGAGAGGAUGAGCCUAAAAUACCACUGCUAUUAGUGAACAAUCCUGGUACCCGAGCCACCCAAUCACACGCCCCCUCCUCACACCAUAGUGAUAGUAUGCAGUCUAUAGGCAGUGGCUGGGACAUCAUCCUGCCUGCUGGAUGGGCCAUGCCAUUCUGGUUGGCUACUGUGUUCAGAGGUGCAAGAGCGGUGGGGAUGGAUGCAAUGGAAGCUACAUCAGCUGAACACAAUACGUUACACUUCCCAAAUGAUUACCCUGACACUCUUUCUUGUUUCACUAUGAAACAUGAACAGAAACAACUGGAUGAGAUUCAGUAUGGGAGAUACCCAAAAAACAAGAGGCCCAACUAUUUCAAACUUGGGGUUCCGUCACCAUUUGUACCCCCAUGGAAUGAUUUGGUUUCUGGGUAUUCAAAAGAAGUCAUUGAUGCCAACAUGGGUAAGGACAAUGAAAAUAAAUCCAAACUUGAAUUUUCUGUUCUCAGACAUAAGAAACAGUUACAGGCUAUCAGCUUGGAAGUUGAAACGAGCCUCAAAUCAGGAAAAUCGGGGACUUCAGUGUUGGACACUCUGUAUAAACAGAAUAGUACUUCUUUAGUGUGUGUCAAUUUACACAUAGUACUCCGGGGCACCCCAAGUGACAAUAGCGCCAUCUGCAUUCCUACUCUUGCUGACUUACAGUCAUUGAAAUCAGAUUCUAAAUAUGGAGGCCCCUUAGAAACAGCUCAUAAAGACCCCAGGGACAAUCACAAAAAUCCUCUGGAGUCAGUAGGUAUUUUGCCCAAGGUUGAGAAUGUCAUAAAUCAUUGCAGCCGCAAAUGCAUUGGUUAUGUCAACAAGGGAGGUUAUUCAUUGAGUAAUGGCUCUGGAGUUGGUAUGGGAUUUUGCAGCAUUGUAGGCUUGAGUGAACUAUGUAAAUUCCUCCAAGAUGAAGCAAAACAAACUAAAUGUAUUGUACUUGUAAGAUCCCCAGUGUCGCUCCAGUACAGGUUUGCUUAUCUAUCUAUUAGGCUAUAGCAGGAAAGCUUUAAAACUGCAGCCUAGUGACCUUGGCCUUUCCAAUGAAUUAUGACCUCUUCUAAUCGACCAAAGAAACUAGGGUUUUCAGUUAUCAAUUUAUUGAGUCAAAUGAAGGAUGUGACAUCAUAAUCACUAGUUAUCCUAAAUAUGACCGGUGGCAUGAUUAAUUGGAUCUGUGUCUUUGUAUUCCGCUCAAUUAUGAACUGCAAAAAGUGAAAUAAAGAUGUCAUUUAUGUAAACAGACUUAUUU